UUUGAUAAUUGUAGUAUCGAGAUCUACAAGCAUAACAAAGAAGAACGGAUAGCAAGAACUUGGGGCACUACUGCCCCAGGUCUUCCUUAUGCGGAUGAAGCUAUAACGCAUUCUGGAAACUGGCUUAUUGGUGGUGAUUUGGAAGUUUUUGAACCAAUCAAAUACCAUGAUGGUCUCGACAGUUUCCGUCUUUCACCUGCUGAACUUCGUGAUGAAUUUACAAGGCGUAAUGCAGAUGCAGUUUUUGCUUUUCAACUGAGAAACCCCGUGCAUAAUGGCCAUGCAUUACUGAUGAAUGACACACGUGGGCGACUUCUCGAAAUGGGAUAUAAGAACCCUGUCCUUUUGCUUCAUCCUCUUGGAGGUUACACAAAGGAAGAUGAUGUUCCACUUCAUUGGAGAAUGAAGCAACAUGAAAAGGUUCUCGAAGAUGGGGUGCUUGAUCCAGAGACAACUGUGCUUUCUAUAUUCCCAUCGCCCAUGCAUUAUGCUGGUCCAACCGAGGUGCAAUGGCAUGCAAAGGCUCGCAUCAAUGCAGGUGCUAACUUUUAUAUCGUGGGACGAGAUCCAGCCGGAAUGGCUCAUCCUCUGGAGAAGAGAGAUCUGUAUGAUGCUGAUCACGGCAAGAAAGUCCUCAGUAUGGCUCCGGGACUAGAACGGCUGAAUAUCUUACCUUUCAAGGUGGCUGCAUAUGACAAGACUAAGAAUGGAAUGGCUUUCUUCGACCCCUCUAGGCCUCAAGAUUUUAUCUUCAUUUCAGGCACCAAG